AUAAAUUUCAAACAAACUUCAAAAAUGGAAAGCGAUCCCACAAGUAUUGUACGCCGUUCUGAUAAAUCAUGCCAAGGAUCGUCUUUAAUUAAAUCCACAAAAACCAUAUUGUGUGUUAGACCUUCACGUGCUGAUGCACCAUGUCGAGGAACCAGUGGUGAUGGUUUGGUGAAAAAGAUUGUUGGCGACGAUGGAAACGAACGAUGGGUACAACUUGGAUUUUCUGGUUUUGGACCACCUUGUGGAUCAACAGAUCAAAUGGGAAAUUUUAAUGUUAAUUUUUUCAUGGAUGUAUCGACAUUUAACAGUUGGAUUAUGAGCCACGUUGGGAAAGAUAUGAAAUGGUAAAAGAUUUCUGACGUCUGUGAUUAUGCGAUUUUUAAAGAAGACCAUGCUUUCAAGAAAACUGGCAUUAUAUUAUAUCAUAAUGAAUCUAUCUAUAUAAGGGUGUAUUUCCGACUUAAUAAAUAAACAUAAUAUACGAAAGGA